ACAGUCAAGGUAACUUUUUACUGGAGUAGUUUCUGGUUACAUUCUUGUUGCAGCAUGGAAUGAAGUGUGUAUUAUACCUCACAGCUUAUGCCAAAACAUAAACAAGACAUGUGUACAUGGUGAUACCUAUUAGGUUCAUUGGCCAUGCUAUUUUUAUAUUGGGAUGGAAAGAGAGAGGUGGGGGGUGGAUUGGUCACCACUCCUCCUAAGAGCAUUACGAGUGCGUUUGUUUGUGACAUUAGCAGAGUGUGCUGUCACUGUCAUAUGGCAAGCCAAGGCAGCCUCGACUGGUUUAGAACAGAGACAGUUAUUACGGAUCGCAACUGUUCACCCUCCACUGUUCCCACCAGAGCCCUGGGCUUAAUCCUGAGCAGAACGCAGCCUGUCACAGAGCUUUCUCCUCCAGCUUCUUGUUCGUUAAUGGAGUUCCGGCAGGGCAGCGGUGAUUACUGCCACGCCCAACAUCGCAACGCUUGAUCACGGGUGGAUACGCCCAGAAUCUGUCCCUGAAUGUCCAGAGAAACGUCUUCUCUGCUCUUCUCUUGCUGGUCUUUCUGACUGACCACUUUGUUGUGCGCCAAAUGGGUUAACUGGCGUCGCGGCACCUGGCAUUUAGCUACCGGACACUGUUCCACCUGUCUAGUUGCCAGAGUAUCCCUAUCAAGAGGAAGAGGCAGAUUUGUUAGAAGAGGAAGACUCUUGUGGCCUCUAACUUCCCAGAAAGGCAGCUUUCAAUUUUAUAUACUGAUUAGUAGUGAUUUAUCACAGAAGAUCCUGCAAAUACCUUCACUGUGAUCUGCUGUAACACUGCUCUAGGUCAGAGUAGUGCUGUACUGUGAGUGGAGCUCGGUGGAUCCUGGCCCGGAUUGGGUGCUGUGUUUUCUGUAGAGUGGAGGGACACCAGCAUGACCAGGAUGAACCGUCCGGCUCCUGUCGAGGUCUGCUACAAAAACAUGCGCUUCCUUAUCACGCACAAUCCAACCAAUGCAACGUUAAGCAGCUUCAUUGAGGAUCUGAAGAAGUAUGGGGCAACAACAGUAGUGCGUGUGUGUGAAAUCACCUAUGAUAAGACGCCACUGGAAAAGGAUGGAAUUACUGUCAUGGAUUGGCCGUUCGAUGACGGUGCACCUCCUCCUACCAAGAUCGUGGAUGACUGGCUUAGUCUGUUGAAGAAUAAGUUCUGUGAGGAUCCAGGCUGCUGUGUGGCUGUGCACUGUGUGGCCGGACUGGGCCGGGCUCCGGUGCUGGUGGCUCUGGCACUUAUAGAGAGCGGGAUGAAAUAUGAGGACGCCAUUCAGUUCAUCAGACAGAAGCGCCGGGGCGCCAUCAACAGCAAGCAGCUGACGUACUUGGAGAAGUACCGUCCCAAACAGAGACUGCGUUUCAAAGACCCACACAACCACAAAAGCAAGUGCUGCAUAAUGUGAUCUGGUCUCAUCAGCCUGCCACUGAAGGAGCUCAAGUCACUCAUGGACUAAACCGGACAUAAAUAACCAAUCUAGUGCAUUUGAACUCUUGCUACUUUUGAGAAGGGGAAUUCAACCCCCUUUUGGUGUUUAUGUCAGACCCCUGCACACAGGGUCUUUACCAGCUCAGGGCUGUGAAAGGCGAGCCUCUUGAAUUUUGUCUUUACACACUAAACCCCCAUCCUCAUUGUUGUUCACGAAUGUAUUGUGAACACAAACACACGCCAAUGCGUAUUCGCACACACACUCACGCUACCAGCCAUCACACUGUACCAGCAGCACACAACCCAAAGAUGAUCAUGGCCACCAGCCACCUGCUUCAACAAAAUCACGGUUGUUAUACUCACACUUUCGUAUGAAACUGCUUGACUACCCUGUUCUUUCUCUCUGUCUCUCUUUUGUAAUUUUAAAGUUUCAGAAUGCAUGUUUCUCCACAUUUUUGGGGAUGCGAGUGAGUGGUUUAACCUUGUUUUUAUUCUGCAUUGUAUCAUGAAUCUACUCUGGGAUUCGAGUUUUGCUCCACUGGCUCUUUAUUAACAGAACUGUGGGCUGUAUCUAGAUGGAUAACAUAGCACACUAUGGCAUGACUUCCAUGUUUUUGGAUGUUUUAGCUGCUUUCAGAACACUUUGAAAAAAAUCCAGCUAAUCUGACACCCAGUUGUGCUGCAGAAUUGCACCAGUGAACUGAGAGCAAUCCAUGUGUGAGCACAUUUGUAGAUCUGUAGAUUUGUCUUAAUUUAACACAGCAACCACAAGAGGGAGUCCUCACACUACAUACUUCAAAUGAAAGAUCUUUUGCAUCAUACAUGUACAGCAUUUUUGAAUUUCAAUAGUUUUAUUUAUAUAUUUUGUUGUUGUUGUUUGCGCUCAGUGCUCACACAUGGCUGUUUCUCACAGACAUAGUUGUACUGUGGACACUUUAGAAUUACAGAAUGAACUUUUCAGAGUGAGGCUUAAACUACUUUGUGUUGUUCAUAUAAUGGGAAAUGAAAUGGAAACAGGAUCUCUGCCUAACUAGUGCUCAUAUAGACACCAGUGAAGGAAAAAAUGUAAUGAAUUUGUGUCAGGUACUGAAAUGAUCUCACAUGCAUCAUUAAUCUGCUUCCCUUUUUGGAUAUGGAAUGCAUAAGACGUGGAUCUGGGAUAAUGUCACAUUUCUCUGCCUUUGAAAGCAAAAGCUAGUGCAGCAAAUAUUAAAGAAAUAUCUAAUAAAAGAGGAUAAUUGCAUCUUAAUGACUGUGAGAGGGAUAAGCAAAUGCCACGUUUUAUGGAUUAAAGUUAUAUUUUGGUUAUAUUUUCCAAUUAUUUGUACUUAAUCUCAUGUUUGUCUACAGAAACAACUGCAGGAAAAUAGUCAUGUUUUAAAGGAAUAUGCCAAGAGCUGAACUAAUACAGGAGAUGAGUUGUUAAUCAAGUUUGCAUUUCUGGUUAUGAUGCUCAAUAGUCCAUCCCACAGUGGAUCCCAUUUUAAAAAGGGUGUGAAUAAAGCAGCUCGAUGUUGCUCACAUAUAUAAGGGCUUCUCUUUCAUACAGGCUGUCUGGUCACUUUUGUUAAUGUCUCCACCACCUGAUGAAUGGAAAAAUGUCUGCCUUUGCAAAUCUGGAAUGUUUUGAAGGGUUGUUGGCUCAAUAAUUCCAAUAGUUCAUCCUGGAAUGUCUCUGAAAACUGAUAUAAGCAAAUUUAUAUUCAAAGCAAACUUUUUUUUUAAUAAUACGCUGCCACUUUUUGUCAUAAAGGAUGGGGCAGUUUAGUGAGGGCUGACUGAGACUCGAACUACACUCCAUGUCUCAGGUUUAUCCAUGGGAAUGUCCACUUUGUGGCUUAUUUCAUGUUUUCUUUCUCCAUUUCUUUUAGGCAAUUUGUUCACCCUUUUUUCUUUUGAAUAAAACAGCCAAGCUGAAGUCAUUACCCUUGA